AAAGAAGACUACUCAUUCAACCCUGAAAAAAAAAAUCUAAAUAAAUGGCAACAGUUGGACUUUUAACAACGACUGGACAACAAUGUACGAAUGUUCUGCCCUGAGCAAGGACCUUUUAAGCCACGGACACAUUGAUCCAGACAAGCAGCUACAAUGGUAGAAAUUCCAGCGUGCAAGCUUCAUCACCAAACUUGGUCUAACAUUUUGUGCGUGGGAGCCAGAGUGCGGACCCAGCCGCCCAGAGAGCCCAACCCAAACAGCAGGUGUGGCGCCCAGGGAACCAGGGACCACCCGCCCCACGCAGCCAGGCCAGCCAGCGGCGGGAACCAGAGAGCCCGGCCCAUUGCGCCGCCCGGAAGAGCCGGCAGCAGGCCGCAGACAGACGCGCCCGGCAGAGGACAGGGCACCAGAGAAACAGCGGACGGCCAGACCCCAAACCAGCGAGAAAGAACCCCCCACACGGGCAGAAAGACGGGACGCCCCGCCCGGGAGAACCCAUAGACUCCCUGCAGCCGGACGGGAAGACCGCCCGCGCCCCACCAGCACCCGGGACCCCCCGAGCCCACCCCCACCCCCGGGGAGCACGGCGCGGCCCACACCAGGCCACCCCACCCGAGCCGGCCGCCACAGGACCACCCAGCGCUGGGCCGCAGGGACCACCCACCCCACCCGCAGGGACCCCAACGAUGGAGAUGGAACAACCAGCAACCGCCCUGUCGAAGUCCCCCCCUGAGGGAGGGGAGAAAAGGAAAAAAAUAAAAAUAA